AUGCUUCAGAUAAUCCCAAAUCGCUUCGUGGAAGCACCAGGAGAGCGCCCAGCCAGUAACGGGGCCAGCAUUAACGAAUCCGGGGCAGCAGCAGGGCGCGUGGUGGGGGGCGUGGAGCGAGGGCGGGUAGUAGACUGGGGGGUGAUGGAGGAUGCAUGGCGAUACAUGCUGUACGAACAGAUGGGGUGGGAGGAGGGCGGUGAAGGGGCCGUGCUGCUGUGCGAGCCCAUUCUUACCCCAAGAGCAUCUCGAAACGCAUUCCAAGAGGCGUCUCGCCUCACCACUCGCCUUUCUCACAACAAGGGCGGGUCACACUUCCGAGCGGACGGGGAGCAAGCAGUGCAGCGCAGAUCCUUUUUGAGUUGUUCAGCUGGUCGGGCCUCUUUACAGCAGAGCAGAGCAGCCAUCGAUUUUCCCCAGUCCCCUUCCUCCGCACCCUUCUCUCCCAUUUUCUCUCACUCCCUCUCCUGUCAGGCGGACAGGGAGCAAGCAGCGCAGGUCCUCUUUGAGUCCUUCAGCUGUUCGGGUUUCUUUGCAGCGGAGCAGCCAGUGCUGGCACUCUAUGCGCUCGGCCGCCUCUCCGGCUGCUGUGUGGACCUAGGCCAUGGCAAAACAGAUUUCUCUGUCGUGCAGGAAGGGGCGUUGAUCCCCUCCUCUGCUCGCCGUUGGCCAGUUGGCGGCUGCGAUCUUUCGGAGCGAAUCCAACGGCUAGUAUUUGACGAGAGGCAGAGUGGGGGGGGAGCUGGCCAAGGAGGGGAAGUGGAGAGGGAUACACUGACACGUGGCAGUCUCUCAUUGGAUGCUGCAACGUUGGAAAGGCUGAAGGAGGAAGCUUGUGAGGUGGCUUUGGACGAGAAAAGUUUUGCAGCUGCCCGGGCUGCGGACGAGAGGAAGGAAUUUGUGCUGCCCGAUGGGCAGCGCAUCUCUCUCGGCAGUGAACGACUUGAGGUUGCAGAGGCCCUCUUCAGACCCUCCCUCCUCGCCCACAACUCACUUCUCUCACCGCCCUCCCUCGAGGCCUCCCCAUUGGCUGGUCCCGACUCGGCUGGCAUCGUUCGGCAGCUUCUGAGUGUGGUGUUCGAUGCAGCAGGGCUAGGAGGGGGAGGCGGAGGAGGAGGGGUAGGGGGAGGGAUGGGGGGUGUGGGCGGGGGAGGAGGGCUCGGGGGAGGAGGGAUGGGGGUGGAAGGGGGAAAGCAGCGGGCAGCCUUGGAGUCCAUUGCGGUGGUGGGGGGAGGGUCGUGCCUCAAGGGGUUGGUGGAUCGGUUUCAGAGUGACGUGCAGACGGCAGUGUCUCCCUCCCUGCAACCCACCGUCGUGCGGGUGAGUGGGGUGAGAGGGGUUAGUGGGAUGAGCAGCUGGGCGGUUGGGCGGUUGUGCAGUGGGGCACCUGACUACAUGCCGGACAACACCGCCCGCUACGCCUCGUGGUACGGAGGGGCCAUAGUGGCGCGCAUUGUGUUCUCUCAGAAUCAGCACGUCACUCGCGCUGAGUACAACGAGAGGGGCCCUGCUGCUGUGCACCGCAAGAGCAUGUAG